AUGCCUCGAAUACGUGUCUUUGCCAAUGCAGCAAUUCUGAUAAUUCCCCUGGUUGCUCUGCUGUAUCUUCUUUUCCCUCUUCUUGGCGAUAUUGGGCAGCGUUUCGAUUUCUCUGGCGAGAAGCGAGUCGAAAGCUUCGAUUUUAAGCCGACCGACAUCGAGGAAACAUGCUCCCGUAGCAAUAUCCACUCGACAGACCCGGUUCCUAAUGUUGUCCACGUCAUAUGGCUCAACAAUACUGAGCUAGAUUUUAUCAACUAUUUGACCAUACGAUCAGCCUUGAUAUCUCUACAACCAGAUCGGGUCAAUCUCCAUUACACCGACCUCAAUGGUCAGAACGAGUGGUUUAUAAAGUUGCGUGACAAUGUGACUCUUGUGCAACACGACCUAGAAACAGAAUAUGGUCAGCAAAUCAAAGACAAAUGGCAGAUUUCUCAUGUCGCAGAUCUGCUCCGCCUAGAUGUUAUUGCUAAGGAAGGAGGGAUAUACCUUGACAUGGACGUUAUCGCUCUUCGAUCGUUCGAUCAUUUACUAGGCUGUGAAAAAGACCUCAUUCUUGGCCAUGAAGGCGGAGACAGGCAUGGGCUAUGCAACGCGAUCAUUGUGGGCCGCCCAGGCUCUUCCUUCAUCCAACGUUGGCGCAAGAGCUACGGCACGUUUGCCACCAACGAGUGGAACUACCACUCGGUCAUUCUACCCAAGGAGCUGUCUCUCAUGUACCGCGAUGAGAUUUGCACAAUUUCGCCUUCAGUCUUUUACUGGCCAACCUGGACAAGGAAGCACAUUCGAUACAUGCACGAGCCGAUUACGCAAAGCGAGGCGCAGGAGUUUCAGCACACAGUUAAUGAAAACGAAGGUGGAAUAUACCCCGAUCAGCUUGCAUAUCAUGCGUGGAGUCAAGUUGCAUCUACCUAUUUGAGAGAUCUGAAUCCUGGAAAGGUGCUUUCUCACAAUACUCGAUUUAAUGUAUUGGUUCGGCGAUUUCUCGAUUGA